AUGUCAGCCAGGAAGGGCUAUCUGCUCUCUUCGCCAAAUUAUUCCUCGGCAAUCAUGGCAUGCUCCGAGAGCCCCGCCGCAAACUCUUUUUUGGUGGACUCGCUGAUCAGCUCAGUCUCGGGCAGAGGGGAAGGAGGAGGAGGAGGCGGCGGCGGCGGCGGCGGCGGCGGCGGCGGCUACUAUCCCAACAACAGUGGCGUCUACCCGCCGCAGGCGACCGAUCUGUCCUAUGGGUUGCAAGGCUACGGGCUUUUCCCCGUCCUGAGCAAACGCAAUGACGGCCCUUCUGCAAGCAUGGUGCCCUCUUCUCAGGCGUACAUGUCAGGGAUGGAAGUCUGGCUAGAUGCCCCGAGAGCCUGUCGCCUGGAAGAGCCGGAGAGCCCGCAGGCGACCUCUUGCUCCUUUGCUCCCAGUAUCAAAGAGGAGAGCUCCUACUGCCUGUAUGACUCCGACAAGGGCCCCAAAGAGGCGGCGCCCACCGACCUGCCGACUUUCCCAAGGCUAAGCUCAGAGGUCUGCUCCAUGAACAACAUGACCGCUGGGGUGCCUGUCCCUGGCUACUUCCGCUUGUCUCAAGCUUAUGGCACCACCAAGAGCGGCGGCGGCGGCGGCAAUUACAACUGCAGCAACCAGCACCAGCACCAGCACCAGCACCAGCACCAGCACACGGGCCACAUGGUUGCCGCCGCCGCCGCCCAGUUUGCCCCGCAUCCUCAAGUGCGCUUUGAGACCCCUCCAGCGCUGCCACCGGCCGUCCCGCCACCAGAUGCGGGGAGCAAAGAAAGCGAAGACUCUCCCCCACCCAGCACUUUGGCCUGUGUUCCCCAAAGGGGGGAGGAAGAAGGUCACGCUUCCUCCUCGGCCGCAGAAGAACUUUCCCCGGCGCCGUCAGAGAACAGCAAGCCCUCCCCUGAGAAAGAAGCCCUAGGCAACUCCAAAGGAGAGAAUGCUGCCAACUGGCUUACCGCAAAAAGUGGCAGGAAAAAACGAUGCCCGUAUACCAAGCACCAAACCCUUGAGCUGGAAAAAGAGUUUCUUUUCAAUAUGUACCUGACUCGUGAGCGUCGCCUAGAGAUCAGCCGCACGGUCCACCUAACAGAUAGACAGGUUAAAAUCUGGUUUCAGAACCGCAGGAUGAAACUGAAGAAAAUGAACAGAGAAAACCGAAUUCGAGAGCUCACAGCCAACUUCAAUUUCUCCUGA